AUGCCGCAACGCCCGGCAAGUGUAUUCGAGUGGAUUGCUGGCCCUGCUCCGAUAAAAGCUGCAUAUCGAUCUGUUGGCAUUGCAAAUCCCCAGGUUGACAUGGCCGAUUCCAAGGUUGCUGUAGCAAGUCAACCCCGUAUUCGCCGCCGUGUCCAAAUCGAAGUCGGAGUUUCUGAUUUUGGUGCCUCUUCCGCCAGUUCUUCCGAAGAAGAAGAACCUCCCCCGAAAUCAGUAGCCAAGAAAGCCGAAAAGCCUAAAGCCAAGGAAUCAGAAUCGAAAAAGCCUCAAGCGACCAAGGAAGUCGAAAAGAAAGUCAAAUUUCAAGAACCAACCCCCAAAGAGCCGACUCCCAAACUUAAGUCUGCAUUGAAGAAGAACACCUCGGAGAUUUCAGCAAAACCUCGCCCAUGCGAAUGCUUAGAGUGUAAAGCUCGGCAGAAACCGAAGAAUAAAAGCAGCGUGGAAGAAUCAAGCGACUCCAGCGAGGACAGUGAAUAUGAAGCUGCACUGACCAUUAAACCAUUUAAACCAUUGAAGAAAAUACAACUGAGCAACAACAACCAAAACCCACAACCAAGAAUUUUGAAGCUCAAGCAAAAUCGAAAUUCCCAAACAAACCAACUUCAAUGGGAUUUUAGUUCGAAUGAACGCGACAAUCAUCAACAACCCAGAUUCAAUAAUCGCCAAUACAACAAAGAGAGCUCAGACGAGUCCAAUCAAUCUGAGAUUGAAGUUGUUCAACAAAAUCGAAAAUCACCGCGCUAUAUGAAUCAUAUAAUGGAGGGAAGGACCCUUCAAGAGAUGAGAGCUGAAGUAAUACUUCGCGAAGAUGUGAUUGAAACCCCGUCUGAUCCUCGUCCAAACGCAUUUCUUGACACGAAAAGCGGUGUUCUUCGAGUUUACCAUGGUCGGGUGUAUGGUAAUCCUUUUGCGACACUUCUCACGCCAGCUCAAGUGCCAAUCGGUACCUUUGCUCCAACCUCAGCUCAUUUUGGUGGCUCGCCUCCGACGUAUAAUGUGUCUGGGGGUAACGGGCCUGGCCCUCAUGAUCAACACCAAUUUCAACCAGAAUUACCCCGCAAUUUUUCGAACAAUACUGUCAGACAUACCCCCAAUCAGAAUCCGCAGCGGAAUUUUUCAAAUAGCCAUUCUAAUCGGGCUUCUUCCAACAACCGGCGCCAACAGCAUGGUAGCAGCGGCAAUAUUAAUAAUCAGCAUGUGCCAGGUGGUUGGGUCGAUGAUACGAACAACAAAGAAGACUCUGGUUCGGGAGGCAACAACAAUAAUUCGGGCUCUAGUUGGAAUAACAUUGAAGAAGAAGCCAAUAACAACCAGGACGCAGGUGAUUGGGGAAGUAACGAAGCAAACAAUAAUCAAGCUUCGAGUGGCUCGGGAAAUAAUGGUCAGAACCGCAGCCAACGAGCCGCUUCUGUUAGCAGUCACAAAACGCAGACCUCCAACAAGCAGAAGAAUAAGAAGAAGAGCGAAAAGAGCCAAGCAAACCAGAGUAAUCAGUCUAAUAACAACAACUCUGGCGAUGCAUGGGGCGUAGACAAUAAUGAUCAGUCUGGCAACUCGAACAGCUGGGGUGCGAACAAUGGUACAGGCGGGGAUUCUGGUUGGGGAAAUGAUACCAAGCAAGAUGCGGACGCUACAGCGAACAAUGACCCUUGGGAAAACGAUAACAGUAACUCAAAUGACAACUCCAAUAAUCAGAACUCUGGCUGGGGAGCAGAUAAUCAGGAUUCGAACAAUCAAAAGUCAAAUUGGGAUAACGAUAACAAUCAAGAGUCAAAUGAUAAUUCGAACAACCAGAAUUCUAGUUGGGGCAAUGAUAAUAACCAGGAGUCAAACGAUAGUUCGAACAACCAGAAUUCUAGUUGGGGCAAUGAUAAUAACCAGGAGUCAAACGAUACCUCGAAUGAUAACUCGAACAAUCAAAAUUGGGACUGGGACAAUGGUAAUAACCAAGACUCCAAUGAUAACUCCAAAAAUCAAAGUUCUGGUUGGAGAGCAGAUAACCAGGAUUCCAACAACUCAAAUAACAAACCUUCAAGCUGGGGCAACAAUGAUAAUAACGGCCAGCCGAACUCCAAAGAUCAGCCAAAGAACGGCAAGUCCAGCGGUUGGGGAGGAAAGCCAGGCAAUCAAAAAAAUGAUACAUCCGGAGGCUGGGGAGGUUCGAACGAGAAACAAGGCAAUGCCAAUUCAGGAGGAUGGGGAAAUCCUAACAACCAACAAAAUAAUGGCAAAUCUGGCUUUCGUACAGCUUCACAAAAUAACACCAAGUCAAACAACAACAACUCAAGAAAUCCACAAAACAGCAAGUCAAAAAAUAAUCAAAACUCCAAAAGCUACGAUGAUCCUGAGUGGACCGCCCACGACGAUAACCAAGAGGAUGAUCAAAACCAGCAAGAUGAUAGUAAUGACUGGGGACCAACCAAUACAAGCUAUAACGUCGUACAAAGCGCCAAGGGCAAAGGCUGGAACAAUGAGAAAACUAAAAAUCAAAGCAAUAGUGGUAAAAAAGGAAAGUCCAAUAAAGGAAGUCAAUGGGGAGGCGAUGGUCAUAACUCCGGCGAGGGCGGAGACCAUGUUGAAGAUGUGGAAGAAGGGAACCCGCAAUUUAGGGAUCACACACCUACUAGUAGUGAGAUAUUGAGAAAUUGGGAUAGUACAAAUCAGGGUGGUUACGCGGGAUUUGGAAAUGUGAAUAACGGAAAGUAUAAUGGUGGUGGGAAGAAAAAGAAUCAUGCGAGGAUGCCUACUGCUUUGAGUCUGGCAGGAAGUUGGGCGUCGUCGGAACUUAGUGAUAAUGAAAACACUGGUAGAGGUCGCAAGAGUAGUAAGGGUGGCAAAGGGGGAAAGAAUAAGGCGAGCAAAUCGGGUAAUACGGGGUAUGAUAACAAUGUAAGCAGUAGUAGUGGAUGGAAUGUUACUAGCACUGGUGGUGGAUGGUAG